UCCCCAUCCCCUUCCUCCAGCCAAAUCCCCAUUGCACACACACACAACACAGAGAGCAAUCGCCACCCAUUGCCAUCAUCUCUCUCGAGUUUCUGCAGUUCAGAGUAUCCGAUUAGUGAUGGGGGAUCAGGUGGGGGAGAGGACGAGGGGCCCGUGGAGCCCAGAGGAGGACGAGACCCUGCGGGCGAUGGUGGGCGUGCACGGGGCGAGGAACUGGACGGCCAUCGGCCGCGGCGUGCCGGGCCGGUCCGGGAAGUCGUGCCGCCUGCGGUGGUGCAACCAGCUCUCCCCGCGCGUCGAGCGCCGCGCCUUCACCGCCGAUGAGGACGCCGCCAUCGUGGCGGCCCACGCGCGGAUCGGCAACCGCUGGGCCGCCAUCGCCAGGAUCCUCGGGAAUGGGCGCACCGACAACGCCGUCAAGAACCACUGGAACUGCUCCCUCAAGCGCCGGCUCCGAGCCGCUUCUGCCGGUGGGGAGGAGGAUGAGCGGCGGGCGUGUAAGCGGGUCAGCGUCUCGCCGGAGAGCCCAUCGGGGUCUGGAUCCGGGUCCGGGUCUGGGUCGGAACGGAGCGACCUCAGCCAUGGCGGCAGCGUGUUUGGGCGGCGGAUGGUUUGCAGGCCGGUGGCGGCGGACUGCGCCAUGAGCCGCUGCCGGAGGGACGAGGAGGAGGAGGACGACGGCCCGCUCACAUCGCUCUCCCUCUCCCUCCCAGGCAUGGCCCAGGACCAGGAGGGGUCCUUCUCCUUCUGCCACGAGAGCCAAUUCCAACAGCCGCCUUCGCCUUCGCCGGCGCCGUACCCGUUCAGCGCCGAGUUCGCGGCGGCGAUGCAGGAGAUGAUCCGCGGCGAGGUGCGGAGGUACAUGGCCGGCUGCGACGACCUGCCGCCGCCGGAGUCGCGGGGAUUCAGCAGCCGGUCGGGAGCAACAAAUCCGAUGGAAUGGAGGAGGAAUGGCUGGCUUAACUAAUCGUAGGACAAGUACUAGCAUUCUGCAGCUUGGAUCGAUAUAGGAUCUGACUGUAUUCCUCUCUGUUGUUGAUCGAUUCCCCAGUUGCUGUUAAACUGAAACAGCAAUGGCAGCAAACCAAAACAAAAAUAUGCAAAUCAGUGGGCAUGAAAGCUGGUUAAGCAAGCUCAUGGCUUUGCUUCUUCUGUACAGGAAAGGAAUGGGAAGAAAUUCGCAAUCUCAAGUUACAAGCCCAUGGAAUGUACUUAUAUAAUGUUUAUUUUUCUUGCGAGCA